AUGGCGCAAUUCAAAUGGUACGACAUCUUCGUGGAUCUUUUUGGAACCAUUCUUAGCUUUGCAGACCCCAUCACCGAUAUUCUUACACUGGUGGAAUUCUACCGCGCAGAUCACAAGACGUGGUUCGUUGUAGGGCUCUGUUUCAUCAUUUUGCCAUUAGUUUUUUUUUCAGUCAUUAAUUUUUCACAGCAGAGCCGGUGUGGCCGGUGCAUUACAUGCAUAUUUGGUUGCAGUCCAUUUUUUCCCGCUUUUAUGAAACUGAGAACGCUUUUUGUUCACCUGAAGAAGUUACCAAACCUAUGGCGAGGCAAUCAAAUCGAACCGACUGACAUUAAUGAAAAUCCACUGACUAAUCUGGAUAACCUACUGGACAUAAGCGCGUUUGCUGUUCUGGCCGAGGCCGCUUUUGAAUCAGCUCCACAGUUUAUUAUUCAGUUGUACGCCAUGGCUGUUCAACAGGAAUCCGUGACGAUCGUUCAAAUGGCUUCCCUACCUGUGUCAUUCCUCAGCUUAGCUUCGGCGUCUACUGUUGCUGACAGAACUAAGUUACUUCAACGUGAUGGUAGAGACCUGAAUCUCAGUGUGAAAGAUAAAGUUCUACUUUUUGUAACGCACUUAUUUAUUUUAAGCAGUCGACUUUUUGCAGUUGCUUUGUUCACUGUAAGCUACAAGUGGUGGGUUAUAAGUGUUUUGAUCCUUCACUGUACGGUGAUAAUGAUAUGUGAGAUCAUUUGGAGCUGUUGGACUUCCGAAAUAGGAGACUGUAACGUAUAUGGAUUACUGUUACUUUGUUUUACUUUCUGCUUCCUUUGGCUACGAGAUGAUUGGUCACCUUCAAGACUUGGCGGAAGGAGCAGAGCGAAACAGCUAAGAGGACUGACGCUCUCGAACGUGCUGUUUGUGAUAGAAAACAUUACCAUGAUCCUGUUGUUUUAUUUCAGUCAUUUCCCUCACACCUGGUUCUCCUUACCAGUCACCAUCUGUGUCUGUUUAUUUGCUGUUCUUGGAGCCGUAAUGAGACUUACUCACUUCUGUUUCUCAAACAAAGAAUCGGACAACGAUGUUUAA